AUGGCAAAGACACGUUCUUCAUUAAAAUUAAAUCGACCAUUGAAAGAUGGUUCGAAACCAGUAAAAAGUAAACUUAAACAUGAUAUGGCUCCAAAACAUCGAGGACAAACAUUUUCAACAGGAACCCAUUCAUUAAAUCCAGAUAGAAAAAGAGAAGGACCUCAUCAACGUUCUCGUGCUACAAUUAAAAGAUUGUUAAUGUACAAAAAUUCAAAACCAACACGUGAUAAAAAUGGAAAAAUUAUAAAAGCAGCUCCAUAUCAAGAUAGAUUACCAUCUGGAACUGUUGCAAGAGUUGAACCUCAUCGCAAAUGGUUUGGAAAUACAAGAGUUAUUGGGCAGGAGCAAUUACAAACAUUCCAAGCUAAUAUGGGGAAAGUUAUAAAAGAUCCUUUUCAAGUUGUUAUGAAACAAACUAAACUUCCAGUAACAUUAUUACAAGAAAAAUCUAAACAACAACGAGUUCACAUUUUAGAUACUGAAUCUUUUGAAUAUACUUUUGGUAAAAAAUCUUUAAGAAAAAAGCCAAAUCUUGCGGUUAAUGAUUUAGAAAGUAUGGUUGCAAAUAUUUCUGAAAGAACAUCAAAAUAUACUAAGGAUAAAGAUAGAGACAUUUAUGAUAGAGAUGCUGAUCGUGCUAGAUUUGAAAAUACUAAUCCACUUUUCCGAGCUGGUCAAUCAAACAGAGUUUGGGGUGAAUUGUACAAAGUAAUUGAUUCUUCUGAUGUUGUUGUUGAAGUUGUUGAUGCUAGAAAUCCAGAAGGAACGAGAUGUAAACAUGUAGAAGAAUUUUUACGUAGAGAAAAACCACACAAACAUCUCAUUCUUGUAAUUAAUAAAGUUGAUUUAGUACCAACAUGGGUUACAAAAAUGUGGUUAAAUAGAUUUUCUAAAGAAUUACCUACUGUUGCUUUCCAUGCUUCUAUACAACAUUCUUUUGGAAAAGGUUCUCUUAUAAAUCUUUUAAGACAAUUUCAAUCAUUACAUAAAGAUAAACCACAAAUUUCAGUUGGAUUUGUAGGAUAUCCAAAUGCUGGUAAAUCCUCUAUUGUAAACACUUUAAGAUCCAAAAAAGUUUGUAAAUCAGCACCUAUUGCUGGGGAAACAAAAGUUUGGCAGUAUGUUAUGUUAAUGAGAAGAAUUUAUCUUAUUGAUUGUCCUGGUGUUGUAUAUCCACAAGGUGAUUCAGAAACAGAAAUUAUUCUUAAGGGUGUCGUCAGAGUCGAAAAUGUCAAAGAUCCUGAAAAUCACAUUCAAAGUGUUUUGGAUAAAGUUAAGAAAGAACAUUUAUGUAAACAUUAUGGUUUAACAGAUUUCAAUGGUGUUGAUGAUUUCUUGGAAAAAAUUGCUAAAAAAACAGGAAGAUUAUUAAAGGGUGGUGAACCUGAUUAUGGAACUGUCAGUAAGAUGGUAUUGAAUGAUUUUCAAAGAGGAAAGCUGCCUUAUUUUGUAUUACCUUCUGAUUAUGUACAGAAUGAAAAAGUUCUUAGAAAUGAAGAAGAUGAGAAACCAAUUAAUGAAGUUGAAGAAGAAAAUUAUACUGCCGAAGAAGAGGAUAAUGAUGAAGUAGUAGAUGAGGAAGAUAAUGAAAUAGUAGAUGAAGAAGACAAUGCUGAUGAGGAGGAUGUUGAAAUGGCUGAAAAUGAUGAUGAUGCUUUGUCUACAUGUUCAGGUUUAUCUGAUGUUUCAGGAGUUUCAGAUUUAGCUUAA